UCAAGGUGUCCAAGCGUCUUCAUGUGAAAAAAUUGGAUCAGCUGUCAGCUUACAACCGCCUCGUAGCUGGAGAAGCACGGGGACGGACCAAUCACAAGACCAUUGACUAAUCAUCUUAAGAUGGCCUGUGGAUAUAAGACGGUGGUAUCGGAGGUAGUUUACAGAUGGUGAACAAAAAUCAGUGCGAGUUCGAAGAGCUGAAUCAAAUCACUUGGAGUUCCUCUUGUUUUUUGUGUCGAGAUUAAGGGCCGUUCUUGACUCUGUUGACUUGGUCCGAGACUUCAAUAGAGAAUCCUACACGCGUUCAAGCACAGAAGAAUUUGUACUGUGUAACUCUUAGCUGACAACCGUUCACUUCGCAAACGUUCUCUCAUACUCGAUAAGUGAGCUAUUUCAAGAUGGAAGCAUCAAACCUAUUUUUCGUCGAGGAAUUAGUAGCAGUAAUCACCGGCGCAGGAAGUGGUAAGUAUCCCCUAAUUCCAUAAUCCCUCCUCAUCAUCAAACCCUCAUAUCCCAAAAAGAAAGGAACUAACUCACCCCAGGACUCGGUCUCAUCAUGGCCAAAGCACUCGAAGCAAACGGCGCCGCAAAAGUCUUCAUCAUCGGCCGAAACCUCGAGAAACUAGAGAAAGCCGCAAAACAAGGCGUCCGUAAUACCCAUACACAUCCCAGAAACUCAUCCUUUCUCCCACUAACCAACAACCUUUCAGAAAUACGGAAACAUCAUCCCACUCCAAGGCGACGUCACGAAGAAGGAAGAUCUCAUCCGCAUCGCUGCGUCAGUUGAAGAAUCAGUUGGCUACGUGAAUUUGGUAAUAGCCAAUGCCGGCUCGGCAGCAGCUGGACGUAAGGACUUUCUCACUUUCUCACUCCAUCCAGUCCAGCUCUUUAAUAUCACAAAACCUCUUCAGUUUCACGAGGUUCCCUAAGAUAGUAAUCAAAAACGAGAAUACCAUAAAGCAUGGGACUAACCAUCUUCUCAGAAAUGAUCUCCGGGCUCACACCCGAAUCCAGCAUCUCAGAAGUCCAAGAAUUCUUCCUCACCCGCCCAUGGGAAGCUUACACGCAACAAUUCGACGUGCACGUAAGAUCUUCCACCCUCCCCCCAAGAACCACAAACCAACUAACCACACCCAACCACCAGGUAACAGCAACCCUCUACACCUGCAUCUCCUUCCUCCGCCUUCUGGACGCCGGCAACAAACGCCAAAACAUCACCUGGACAAGCCAAGUAAUCGCAACCGGCUCCGCCCAGGGAUUCAACAAGAACCCUUUAUCAGGAUUGGGAUACAGCACGAGUAAAGCAGCCGAAACACAUCUGAUGAAGAGUCUCGCGUUUAUGUUGGGACCAUAUAAUAUCCGUUCUAAUAUCUUAGCUCCUGGGUGUACGUUUCCUUUCCCUCUCCCCUCCCCGAAUAAACCCCAACACACCCAAACUAACAAAAAAAAGUCUACGCCUCCGAAAUGACAAGCCCAGCAUUCAAACACCUCAACUUCACUCCAGACACAUUCCCCGCCGUCAUCUCACCUAUGCGUCGCAUGGGACGGGAAGAAGAGAUCGCGGCGUUGAUUUUGACGCUGGCGAGUAAGGGGGGUGCGUAUUGUAAUGGGUCGGUGUUUUUGUCGGAUGGGGGCAGGUUGACGCAGGCGCCUAGUGUGUGGUAG